UCCUCCUCUGCUCUGAGCAGCAGUGACAGUGUGUGUUUAUGGCUUGUGAGGUUAUGGCUCUGUUCAUGGACUCUGACUUUUCUUCAAUCAAGCAGGAGCAGCAGGGAGACGUGAUGCAUUUCAAAGAUUUUAAAGGGUUGUUUGGAGAACGGGAUCACUGCAAAGUGGAGGACGUGUACAGUGAGAGCGCCGCGUCAUCUCCAGAUCCCAACAGAGCCACAGGCUCCACAGAAGCUCAGAGGAAGAGGAAGAGGACCAUCUUCAGCCGAGCGCAGCUGUCAGAGCUGGAGCAGGCCUUCGCUGUCACUCCAUACCCAGACAUCACACUGAGGGAACGGCUGGCUGCACACACACACUUGCCUGAGAGCAAGAUUCAGGUGUGGUUCCAAAACAGACGAGCCAGAAGUAUCAAGACCGGUAGACUCUCCAGGUCCACCAAGCUUGUCCUGGGAGGUAGAGUGACCACAGAGUCCUCUCCUGCAUCCAUGACUUUCUCCACUCAAACCACACUGCAAGACAUCUUCAGGCAGGAGCAGAGCCACCACUCCGAGGAUGUUUCGCAAAUCUACUCCGACUGGAUCCAAAUCUACAACAACCCUGUAUCGACACCUCUGUCCUCCUCAUCUCUCCACCAGCAGCCCACAUCAGGCCCCUGCAAGGCUUCACAGGCUCGCCCGUGGGAGCAGGAGGAGCAGCAGCACCAUCGGCAGCAGCAGCAGCAGCAGCAGCAUAUGGGACCAGCAUUCCCAGGUUUUUCAUUUCCCCAGCCCGUCAGCAGGCAGACUCAACACUCCGCCCUGCCCCGCCCAUAUCAGGCUUUCAAGAGCUUCAAGCCUCAGAGCAUUGUUUCAGUAGGGUCUCAUCAGGCCAUGUAUGGAGGCAACACUGGAGGUGGAGGACAUGCCUCUGUGGACCAGGUGGUCCCUUCUCACCCACAGCAGAUGCACUGGGAGGUGAGUGAGGGACAAGGACAUCACCACCACCGCCAUCACCAACGCCAUCCCCACCCACAGAUAGGAGCGCAGACCUCCAUGGGCUACAUCUCAGACCUAAUCUACAACGCUGCCAUUGUCACCAACUUCCUUGAAUUCUGAUGACCAUGUGACCAUGUAUGGUGCGGAAUAUUUUUGUAGUCAGCGUCCACUCCUUGUUUCACAAAAGUCUGUCCUAUGUUUGAAAAACCCCAACAACAACAACCCUGCAGUACAGUUGUAAAUGUGUUGUUAUUGGUUCUUCUUUGUCAUUGUGUUUCCAGUGAUGUGCUACAUG